UGUUUGAUCCUGACUUUUGUGAUCCUCCCCUUCUUUCAGUGUCCCCCUCUUAUCUCCUGAUAAAAUAUAUCAUGUGGACAUUAUCUGCACAUGCUCAGUUUGGUGUGUAUUGCUCGAAAGAGUGUAUGUUAUCAGCAUAGGGCCAAUCAUCACUUUCCAGACAGAGGUCAGGGGUUCUGCAUCCUCCUACAGCAGACAGAAAACUCCUCCUAUGAGCUUUAAUAUGUGCUGAACUGGACACUGAUAGAAGUCACAAGACAGCUCUAACUGCUGAUGAGAAAAGGUAUUUAGCACUUUAUAUCUACUAA